UUUACUUUACUUCACUACAUUCCUAAAGAAAAUGACGUGAAUGGGUGAGAGAAGUCAGACGCAUCAGUGUCAGACGGAGUUUACAUUUGUCAACAGUUCUAUUGUUUAUAUUUACCUAAAACAUACCAGUAUUGUUUAUCGGCGAUGGAUUGUAAUAAUAACGUUUAUUUUCCUUCUGGCUACGUGUUUUUCUAGUCACACGACAUAACAUUAUCUCCAAGGUGCGUUUGUGAAAAUACAAACUACUACAUUUCCCACAAUUCAUUUGGUUAUCGUCUGGUUUUUGUCGGUGAUUGGUCCGUGUUUAAGGAAGAUAGGGGCGUUAUCUACAGAUUUUUAACCAACCGGUGCUGCGGAUAUGAACUUCCUGCUCGGCAAUUGGCUCAUAGUUGAAGCCUUCCCGUGAUGCUUUGCUGCGGCAGCUUGUAAUUCAAAUCGGCAGGACCAAUCACAGGCGGGUGUAACGAACAGAGCAGCAUUUAAACUUACAGCUAGCUAGUUGACACUGUUGUUCAACGAAGAGCAGAGUAACAGCGGGGGAAACUCAUUUCUUACCUUUCUUUUUUUGUUGUUGCAACCCUAUUCAGUUAUAUUUAGUUAAAUCGAUUGAUUCUUGGGCAUCGUACGCUACAUUUGAGCAAACAGUUUUGCUAGUUUUGGGCACCUGAAUGGUUGGUUUUGAUUUGAAAUCAGUGGUUUGCUCGAAGGGUGGAUGGUUGGCUAACUAGCCUGUCUAAAGUGUGGUAGGUAGCCAACCUUUUUCUGUAUUGGAUUUUUAUUUAUUUUAAAUUGUAUUCUUUUUUUUAUUUAGAUUUGUCAACUUGUAUCUUUAUUUUCUGCCUUUCGUAAACCUGAAGAGCACUUUUAUAUCUAAUAUGAGUGCACCGGUAGCCAAGGCGGCGAAUCCGUCGGCAAAUGUCGACCCCAAAUCGGCACCUCUCAAAGAGAUCCCAGAUAUUCUAGUGGAUCCCCGGACAUUGAAAAAGUACACUCGGGGAAGAUUUCUCGGUAAGGGAGGCUUUGCCAAAUGCUACGAAAUCACAGAUAUGGAAACUAAAGAGGUUUUCGCCGGUAAAGUCGUCCCCAAAUCCAUGAUCCUCAAGCCUCACCAGAGGGAGAAGAUGAGCUCUGAAAUCGCCAUUCACAAGAGUCUCGACAACCCGCACAUUGUGGGAUUUCACGGCUUUUUCGAGGACGACGACUUCGUCUUUGUUGUUUUGGAAAUUUGCAGGCGAAGGUCUCUGUUGGAACUGCAUAAGCGUCGUAAGGCGAUAACAGAGCCAGAGGCUCGGUAUUAUAUGAUGCAGCUGGUUAAAGGCUGUCAGUACCUCCACAAUAACAGAGUGAUACACAGAGACCUGAAACUAGGCAACGUCUUCCUCAGCGACGACAUGGAUGUCAAGAUAGGUGACUUUGGCCUUGCCACUAAGAUAGAAUUCGAGGGGGAGCGUAAGAAGACUCUGUGUGGAACUCCUAACUACAUCGCCCCGGAGGUUCUCUGUAAGAAAGGACACAGCUUCGAGGUCGACGUCUGGUCUCUGGGCUGCAUCCUGUACACUCUGCUGGUUGGUAAACCUCCAUUUGAGACGUCUUGUCUGAAGGAGACCUACAACCGCAUCAAAAAGAACAACUACACUAUCCCCUGGCAGAUCAACCCGGUGGCAGCGUCUCUGAUCAAGCGGAUGCUGCACGCCGACCCGGCCCAGCGACCCACCAUCUCCCAGCUGCAGACCGACGAGUUCUUCACCGAGGGGUACAUCCCCCUGCGUCUCCCCACCACCUGCCUCACCGUGCCCCCGCGCUUCUCCAUCGCUCCCUCCUCUCUGGAGCCCGGCCAGAGACGCCCGCUCACCGCCCUCAACAACAAAGCAGGGACAGAGAAGGUGGAGCAGAAAGAGGAGGCGCUGCUCAGAGAGAUUCCAGAGGCCACAGACUGCAACCUGAGUGACCUGCUGCAGCAGCUGGACACCUGCAACGCUGCCAAGCCCUCGGAGAGAGGACUCAUACGAAUGGAGGAAGCAGAGGACCCAGCCUGUGUCCCCAUCUUCUGGAUCAGCAAGUGGGUCGACUACAGCGACAAAUACGGACUGGGCUAUCAGCUGUGUGACAACAGCGUGGGGGUGUUGUUUAACGACUGUACCAGGAUGAUCAUGUACGCUGACGGGGACAGUCUUCAGUACAUCGACAAGAUGGCUGCCGAGAGCUACCUCAGUGUCCGCUCCUACCCCGCUACGCUAUCCAAGAAGAUCACGUUGUUGAAGUACUUCCGUAACUACAUGUCGGAGCACCUUCUGAAGGCGGGCGCCAACAUCACGCCUCGUGACGGAGACGAGCUGGCCCGUCUGCCGUACCUCAGCCACUGGUUCAGAACCAAGUCGGCCAUCGUCCUCCACCUCACCAACGGCACCGUGCAGAUCAACUUCUUCCAGGACCACACCAAGUUGAUCCUGUGUCCGCUGAUGGGUGCUGUGUCCUUCAUCGACGAGAGGAGAGACUUCCGAACCUAUAAGAUGUCUCUGAUCGAGGAGUUUGGCUGCUGUAAGGAGCUGGCCAGCAGGAUGCGAUACGCCCGACUGAUGGUGGCCAAACUACUGGCCUGCAAGUCCUCCACGCCUCACUAACCAACCAGCCAAUCAACACCGUCCUCUCUGGCCCCGCAGCCUAUCACAGCCCAGGGUGGAGGGCAAGGUGUUUAUCCCCCCCCCCCCCCCCCUGACUAUAAUCCACUUCCUGCUGUCUGCUGGCCAAUCAGACUGCUGGAUCUACCAACGGUCUCUAAUGUUGAAACAACGUCUUAUUAUAGUCACAAGUGAUCUGUCUCUUCCUGUCCUGUCUGUGUUUGUCUGAGUUAACAUCCUGUCUGUAAUCCCCUUCUCUGUCUGGUCUGUAGUGCGCUAGGUGAGGUGGGAAACGAACCGUGUUGUGACAGACUGUAUCAUGUACAUGCUUCUCAAUCUUUUAAACCUGUUUUUACAUGUCGUUUUCAACAUGACUUUCCUCUUGUACAAAACUUUCUGAAGGUUUAAUUAAACGUUUACAUGUUUUAAAAGUUGAAUAUUCUUCCACAUUAAUAAAGUCUUGAAAGAG